CAGAGAUGAUGCUAUUGCUGGUACCGGUCCUGGCUAGCUUGACAUCUCACUUCAUUCUCUCCAAAUAACUAUUGCUCCCAUACUACCCUACCGGUACAUGUAAGUGUGCCCAAACCUCCAGCCUGCGGCUCAUCAACCAUACCAUACGGUACGGUACCAUGUCUGAUGAUGGUGGAUCGGAGGAAGCGCGUGGCUUGGCAGCGGCCGAGAGUCCCGAUCUUGUCGAAGAAGAAGAAGAAGCCCGUGAAGAGUCCCAAGAGGACGACACGCAUUCCCUUCUCUUCUAUAAGGACUGGUUAGAGAGCCAGAUUGGUGAUUUGUCGCCCGCAUCGGCUACAGAUUACUACCACGCCGAGCUUGUUCGACUCGAAGUGAACGAGGUGGGCGAUGCAAGGUACGUGAAACACAUUCAGUGCAAGAUAGAGCACACAUCAGCGGCGGCCAGAGCCAUUCAGGCUGCCUUUGGAACAGAUGAUGUUGAUGACGAAGAGCUACAGUUUGGUGGUGGGAAUCAUGCAGCAGUGGUAGAUCUGGUACCACCAACCCCGUUCAGCCUCGGCCGUCCUGCUGAUGGAGCAGAUGGCGGCGAUACAUCGUCGCUGGUCUACUAUAAGGAUUGGGUGGACCAGAACGUUAGUGAUAGCGAUGAUAUCAAGGAAGUGAUGGUGUUUUUAAAGUCGGAAGGAGAGAGGCUUAGUCAGAAUGCUGAUGUGGAUGUGGAUGGUCGCUACAAGAUCCACAUUGAGGGUCUAAUUGCGGACAUUAUGGAUGCCCAAGCGCUGAAAGAAGUCAAGGAGGGAAAAAUCAAACAAAAGGAGACAACAACCGCAGCUCCAGCUGCGAGACAGGCUGAUCUGUACAAGGAUACGACUCCAGAGAAGACUUCUCUAAGAAACAUCUGUUGUGCGGUAUUAUGGUUGUGCUGUCCAUUGCCAAAGAAAAAUAUCAAGUCAAUUUAAAAUUAACAUUAAAAAAUUCCGUACUCAUGAC